AUGAAAAGAAAAGAAUCAAAUGAAAUAGUAGGAACCUAUGUACAAACUGUAAAACAAUAUGAAGAGAUAUCAAAUGCAUUGACAAGACUAUUCUUUAGCAGAGAGGUAUGGGGAUAUGAUUUCAAAUCAACAGAGUUAUUGGCAAUUGAUUCAACUCCAAAAGAGACAACUACAACUACAACUACAACCACAACAACCAGUAGUAGUAGUAGUAGUAGUAGUAGUACAGCCUCUGCUUCUACAAACUCAAAUUCAAAUUCAAAUAUAAAUAUAACAAAUUCAAAUGCAAAUACAAAUACAAAUACGAAUAUUAAUGGAAGAAGAUCAGGAACAAGAACAAGUGCAGCAACAUCUAAAUCAAACGAAGAUAAUGAUGAUUUAAUAAACAUCGUUGAUACAUCAUCACCACCAUCAUCGUCAUCAUCAUCUACGACUACAAUAACCACAACAUCAUCUUCAUCGCCAUCAACAAUUAAUAAGAAACCAGCCAAAAUAGCAAAACCGAAACCACUUAAAUUCAAAGGAUGGACAAGACUAGGAAGAAAGAGUGCACGUGUCAUCAAUGUAUAUAAGAAAACAAAGAGUCUGAAUGGAACUCUACUUAAAAACCCUAUAAAUGAACUAUUUUCAAGUCCUUUACCAAAUAUCAAUGAACUCACUGUAUUUCAAUUGAGUUAUCUAGAAGAAACACUUGCUGUUUUAAAACAACAACUUGGUAUACCUAGAGAUAUUACAAUCAGUACAUCAAACUAUAUUAAACAAAACUAUGAUUUUAUAAAAAGCUAUAUUAAUUCUCAAAUGCCCAAAGCAAUCUCUGAUAGUAUGGCAAAAUCAUUACCUGGUAGAGUACCUAUUGAUUGUAUGAGAUUUCUAGAGGAUUUCGAUUGUGGAAAACAUAUUAGUACAGCGAUUAUAUAUAGUAAGCCGGUCAAGGAGAAAUCGGUGCAAUCGAUUCUGAUGGAAAGAGAGUUUGGCAAAAUAAGACAGCCAAUAUACACCAACAAAGAUUUGAUGGCGAAACAGUUUGAAGAUUUCGGACUUCAUAGCAGCUACAACUCAAGAGGUAGUAUUGUAUACGAUGUUAAAAUAGAUCCAACUGGUAAAACGAAUAAAAUAUUGGCAAUGACUGAACAGGAUUCAACACUAUUCGAUAUCGAUAAAGGAGAGAUUAAAAAGUUGGUAUUUCAUCAUGCCACUUGCAAUGAAGGUCAUUUCUCGAAUGACGGUGAGGAGCUUUUGACAUCGGGAGAAGACGGUUCCGUUGCUAUUUGGAAUGCAUCGACCGCCGAAUUGCUACAUCAUCACAAAGUACCGAAUGACCAAAUUGUAAGAAUGGCAGUUCAUCCACAAGAACCAUUUUUAGCAGCUGCUACCAAUAGAAAAUCUUUUUUUGUUAUUAACUACAAGAAUUUUAAUGUUGUUAAUUUACAUGGAGCAUUGAAGACUUCGGAAUGGCCUGCAACUAUUGCUGAUAUGGCAUUUGGAUAUGAUUCAUAUAGACACUAUUUAUUGGCUGGUAUCUGUUCAAAUGCACUUUAUUCUUAUGCUCCAAUUAAAGGAUUUUCUGUAUUAGUUGAUUGUAAUAAACCAGAAACUUUUAGAAAACUUACAGAUCAAGAUGGUGAAAUCAAUACAGUCAGUUGGAAUCCUAAACAAUUCACAAACUUUGUCUGUGGAUCAACAGAUCUAAAGAAAUCACUUUGUAUAUAUGAUAUCAGAAAGAAUGCACCAAUAGAAUUUUUGAAAACAAAACAAGUAGAUCCAAAUCAUCUUGCAUGGAGUCCGUGUGGAGUACAUUUAUCUUCUUCAGGUGAUUCCAAUUCCGUUUUUGUUUAUGAUAUUAGAUUUUCAUCACGUCCUCUUCAUGUUCUCAAGCAUUAUGGUGAUCACACAACGAAUGGAAUGGUAAACGUUGGAAAAUGGACGAAACAAGGCAAUUUCUUGGUGACUUGUGGUGAUGACUGUACUGUGAGAAUUUGGGAUAUUUCGAGAGGUGAUCCUUUGAUCAAGUCUUUAAGAUCUCACACUGGUUCAGUAAACUAUGUCGAUGUCUCUGUAAACUCUGACUUUAUAGUGAGUGGUGGUGAUGAUAGUGUUGUCAAUUUAUAUUCUACGACCAAGAACGUACAACUCGAAGCCACAAAAGUUGCUGAAUCAUAA